AUGGACAAUUGUUUGGAUUCAUCUACUGAAAUGGAAUCAACUGAAUGUGCAUUGUAUGCUCUCAAAGACGGCGAAUCACCAAUUUCGAUUCUUACCCAUGAUUGUGCUAAAGUUAUUUUUUCAAAAGUGAGUUUUUUUGUUGGUUUUAGCCUUCAUAAACAUAUGCAAUCAAUAAAUUAUAAUUAAAAGAUGUAUAUUUUCCAGCUCGAAAGAGAAGCAGUUCAAAAAUUACGACGAACUUGCAAGUUCAUGGAAGAUACCUUUCAACAACAUCGUGCAAUCAUUCCUGGUCCAAUUUGCAAUAUCAAUGUUUUUUAUAACGAUGGAAUGCUCAGCUUAUACAUUGGCUCAACAACAGAAGAUCGGCCACAAAGAUUGGUGCCGUUGGACGAUUGGUAUAUGACAUUCAAAAAUGCCAAAUGCAAUUUUAUGUAUUUGAACUGCGAUCGAGAGUUGCCUGAUGAUAUUUGGAGAAAAAUUAUUUGCUGCGAUUCAAUUAACAGAGCUGAAUAUGUUGGUAAAAGAAUCAAUCAAAAUGUUCUCGAUGGAUUUGCUCCACUUAUCGUUGAAUCACUUCAAGUUGUUGUCGAUCAUUGGAACCCACAACUCAUUGGAUUCCCGAAGUUUAAAUGGCUUAUGAUUGAUUGUGAAAUCAAUGAUCUUACUGACAUUAUCGAAGUUGCGAAAACGGUUUCCGCUAUCGAAGUUCCAAUGAACUAUGGAAGAUUUGUGAAUAGUAUUCCAUCGUUACUAGUGAGUUUUAGUUUUUUAUUCAUUUAUAGUUUCGGAAAAACAGUUCAUAUGUUUUUCAGAGUCUUUGCGGACAAACAACAUGUUUACCACACUGGAGUUUUGAAUUCAGAGGACAUCCUAGUCAAGAUAGAAUCGUAUUGGAUAUCUCGAAUCUUGAACAAACUCUCACAAAAAUUUAUGGAAACUUGAUCGAAGUUAGUUUUAGAUGGACUAAUAAGUUUCACUUGAACAUCACACCAGCCUAUCGACAAACUGAAAACAGUGCUGAAAUUUGAUAAGUUUUUUGAAAAAUGUUGUUACCUCUUUUAUUUCUACGUGUACUAUAUUACUUGUAACAGAAAUGAAAUCAAAUAAUAAAGAAUUCUAUUCUUUCUAGUUUGUUUCAAGUUUCUAGCUAGAAGUAAGAAAACAAGUCACAGCGUUUUUUUAAACAGUGAUAUUCUGGUGUUUCUUUUCUCAUAGUGAAACAUUGUUCACGGUGUCAGAAAGUCGCUUGUAAGUUUCUAUGAAAUGAAUAUUUUUGUGAGAGAAACAGAAGUUGUUCUAUAUUGAAUUUUCUGAAUGGAAUAUGAUUGUUUAUCGUCAUUCACAAAAAUCAUGAUAAAAUAAACAAUAAACUGAUAGAUCAAAAAUGUAUAUGUUAUAUAUACAAUAUAGUUUUCGUUUCUGAAAAAAAUUCAAAAAUAUAUAUUAUUAGUGUGCAAAUGUUCUAAACAUAUCAUUGAAAAUGUUUCUCAAAAUACUGAUUAUUCUAUAUUCAGUCAAAUUGUUCUUGUGCCAAAUCUGUGAUCAUAACAAACAUCCGAAUAUUACAGAGUGUGAGUUUCAGGGUGCUAUUUCAAUUUUUGUAACUGGAAAUCAUUCAUAGUUUGUCAGUAAUUUGAAAUUUAUUGCAGCAUGCGAAUGUCUAGAUUCAAAAUACGAGUUUGGCGAGCAUUGCAACACUAUAAUCAUAAAAUCACCUAGUUUUCAAAAUAUCAGUUGCCCACGAAUAUCUUGCAAUUUUGUUAUGAAUUAUCCUCAAAAACAAAAUGAAUACAUUAUGGUUGAAUCAAGAUCUAAUUUAUCGAAAUCUUAUUCAAUGAAGUCGCUUUACAGAAAUACAUACCAGUAAGCAAGAAAUAUCUUGUUUAUUUUUUUUAAAUAAUUUUCUUCAGUUUUCCAUUGAACAUGCCAUUUGAUUUAAUUGUAUUGGAUUCAUCCAAUCUCAGUUUCAUAUAUAAUAAAGAAGAAUAUGAGAUGAAUACAUUUUUUGAAAUUAACCUCACCCGUAUACACAUUCCUGAAGGUAAUAUUUGAGAUUUCAAACAAAUGAUUUUUUUCUAAACUCCCAUUCAGAAUGCAAAUGCUCAACAUUUAAUGAUAAAAUUUAUAACGGAGAUGAUGAAAUCCUUUUGAAUAUUCCACUUCACUGUGAAGUUGUACUAUGUUAUUGGAGAAUUGAUUAUUUGUAUAGAUAUCGAGAGGAUUACAAUAUAAAACUUCAUAUAGCCGCAUCUGAUUUGGAUGAAAAUGAUGUUCUACUUUUGAAUGAUUGGGUUUCAAAAUAUUCGUAAGAUUUAUUACGAAAAAAGAAUGUAUAUUCUAAUAAAAACCUUACACAGAUAUAACAACACAGUUUUAAAAAAUGAACGAGAUUUUGAAACAUCAGAGAAUCAAUUGAAUAUUGCUUUUCAUCGUUUUCACAAUUCAAAAAAUCUUCCAACUAGAAUUACUAUGAAAUGGUACGCAAACGCGAGUGAGUAAAAAUUAAUGUUCAUUUGCAUUAUAUAAUUCUUAUAGAAUGUUCAUGUAGUGCACCCAACAUACAAUUAGCAGAGAAUGAAUCAAAAGUUUUAACAAGCUCAGGUUAUCCAAACACACAUUGUGCAUCACAAGAUUGUUGGACAACUAUAACAAGUCCUAAUGGGUAAUUUAAAAGAAAAUUGGCACAUACUCAUUUCACUUCUAGGUCUUACAUCGAAGUUUUUAUUAACGAUCUAAGUUUGGAAAAUAUGCAUGAUUAUUUGAAAAUCUAUGAUGGGUCAAAAACAGGCAAAGGUCUUGCUGAGCUCACUGGAAAUCUCGCGAAUGAAAAAUUCAAAUCUUCUAGAAAUAUUGUUACUCUACAUUUUAGAACUGAUAGGAAUAAUAAUCGAAAAGGGUUCCAUCUCAACGUGAAAACAAGUUAGUCUGAAUUUCACAAAACAAUUUUAAAAUCAAAACAAUUUCAGAGUUUUAUAAGACAGCUGAAACUACUUCCAAUCAAUUUGAAUUGUAUUUCAUAGGGAUUAUAUCCAUUUUUAUAUUGCUUAUAAUAUGUAUUUUCUCUCAAAUAUUGAAUAGGAAAUUUCAAAAACCUGCUUGUAGAAAAAAUGGAGUGGUGAAUUAUACAGUUUCCUCUGGACUGUGAGUUUUUCGAAUGCGUUGUUUGUUAUUUACAAAAUAUUUCAGGUCAGAAAUCGAAAUCACCAGACUUCGAAGAGAUUGA